UAAAACUCCGCAAAGUCCCUCCUCUCCACGUCAGGCCAAUGACACCGCUGCCCCGAGCUUUCCGCCAGCAGGAGCUAUAAGAGCCUCCAAGUCGGCAACUUUCUCCCCAUCCCGGACACCUCGAAGGGGCUCCGCGGAGGGACCGGGGGCCGCCGUGAUUCUUCUUCCUGGGGGUUUCGUUGUUUUUAUUCCCCCCACUCCGCGUCUCCCCUUCUCCUCCCGGCUCCCCAUGCCCUCCCCCCUCCCCCCCAAGUGAGGUCCUCCCUCUCCUCCUCCUCCUCCUCCUCCUCCUCCCCGCAGGCCGAGGGGGAGCGGGCGGCAGGAGCCCCGCUGCGGUGCCCGGCGCCCGUGCUGUGCCCCCGCCCGCCGGCCCCGAAGGAUGAUGCAGCAGGACGAGUCCAGCUCGCCCGUGUCCCCCGCCGACGACAGCCUGAGCAACAGCGAGGAGGAGCCCGACCGGCAGCAGCUGCCCAGCGGCAAGAGGGGCGGCCGCAAGCGGAGGUCCAGCCGGCGCAGCGCGGGGGCGGCGGGCGACGAGCCGGGCAGCCCGGCUCAGGGCAAGCGGGGCAAGAAGUCGGGCGCGGGCGGCGGCGGCGGCGGGGGCAGCAGCAGCGGCGGCGGGAGCCCGCAGUCCUACGAGGAGCUGCAGACGCAGCGGGUCAUGGCCAACGUGCGGGAGCGGCAGCGCACCCAGUCGCUCAACGAGGCCUUCGCCGCCCUGCGCAAGAUCAUCCCCACGCUGCCCUCGGACAAGCUGAGCAAGAUCCAGACCCUCAAGCUGGCGGCCAGGUACAUCGACUUCCUCUACCAGGUCUUACAGAGCGACGAGCUGGACUCCAAGAUGGCAAGCUGCAGCUAUGUGGCCCACGAGCGGCUCAGCUACGCCUUCUCGGUCUGGAGGAUGGAGGGCGCCUGGUCCAUGUCCGCCUCCCACUAGCAGGGCCGGGGCCCCCGCAGCACCCCCCGGGCAAGGAGACCUAGAUUUCCCAAAGAAGGAGACAAUGGACAGUCUAGAGACUCUGAAGUCGGAUAAAAAAAAAAAAACCAAUUAAAACAGAGCAUGCCAAGGAUUGUCUGGGAAAUUAGAAGAGCUAAGUGAAAAUUCAAGCAGGGCGUGGGGAGCACUUAGAGAAAAGGACAUAAGGGGUCUUGGACAGUGACUUCCCAGUGGGCUCUGAACAAUCCACCCAUCUCUACAUUCUGAUAGACGUCUGAACAGAUGCUUUUUUUUAAUUAUUUUAUUUUUUGGUUUUUUUUUUAUUUUGACGAAGAAUGUUGGAAUUUUACUUUUUUUUUUUUACUACUUUUUUUUUUUUUUUUUGCAUGCAUUCCCAAGAGGUCGUGCCUAUAAGCCACUGAUGAAAGGAAAUAACAUUCUGGUGGACUUUCUUCGUUCUUGAACGAUCCUAAUGAAACCAACAAAGCAAAUCCCCGUAGAGACGGUGAAAAACUUUUGGAGGGGAAAAAAAACUGGGCUCAAACUGUUAUAUGCAAACCUACCCGGUGCCUACUUUUUUUAUUAUUAUUUUUCCUCCGAGAAAAAAACCCACAAACAUUUUAUUUAUUUAUUGAUGACCCAUGUUAAAAUGCAAAUAGAUCCGGUGUCUAAAUGCAUUCCUAUUUUUAUGAUUGUUUUGUAAAUAUCAUUGUAUAUUAUUUUUCUGCAAUAAAGAAAUAUGAUUGAAAUUUUAAGAA